GCUCAGCAAACCGCACAGCUCUCGGGGAUUGCAGCUUCAGGAGACGGCAAACACAAAAAUAAAAGAAAUCCCGUAGAAAGGGAUUGCAAAAGUUGCAAAGGCUUUUAGGAGUGCGGACGAAGCCCCACCUCCACAUCCACAUCCACACACACCCCGGAGCCGUCCCCACCUCCGGCCCGGCAGGAGCCCGAGCCAGCGGCCCCAGCGCUGCCGGCACACGGAAACUUCGGCUCCCAGAGCCGGGGGCUGAGGAUCGGGACAGCGCUGGAACCGCUGACAGAAUGACAAGUGUGGUUCCAAGGAGCAGCCACCCGGACGUGGCCCGGAAAACACUCUGCAGGAGCCCCUUUCUCAGUGUCAAGUUCUUUGUGUUCUGCCACGGGCUGCUGCAGCUCUCCCAGCUCCUGGUCUCCGGCUACCUGAAGAGCUCCAUCUCCACCAUCGAGAGACGCUAUGGCCUCUCCAGCCAAACCUCGGGGCUGCUGGCUUCCUUCAACGAGGUUGGCAACACCCUGCUGAUCGUCUUCGUCAGCUACCUGGGCAGCCGCGUGCACCGGCCGCGCCUCAUCGGCUGCGGGGCCAUCCUCGUCUCCCUGGCCGGCUUCCUCAUGGCCCUGCCCCACUUCCUCACUGGGCCCUACGAGUACGACCAGUCCGUGGCCAGCACCUUCAGCAACACCACUGACCUGUGCCAGCCUGGGGCCCCACGGGCCUGGGCCAACCUCAGCGAUGCCAGCUGCACCCCCCAUGCCUCCAGGGAGAACCACGAGGUUCUCCUGGUCAUGUUCAUGGCCCAGGCACUGCUGGGCAUCGGUGGAGUGCCCAUCCAGCCCUUCGGCAUCUCCUACAUCGAUGACUUCGCCAGCGAGAGGAACUCCCCCCUCUACCUGGGAAUCCUGUUCUCCGUGACAGUCAUUGGGCCAGGGGUGGCCUUCAUGCUGGGCUCUGCCAUGCUGCGGUUUUAUGUGGACAUCGACAAAGUCAGCGCAGCUGAGGUGCAGCUCACCAGCAAGGACCCGCGCUGGGUCGGGGCCUGGUGGCUCGGGUUCCUGGUGGCUGCCAGCCUGGUGGCCCUGUCUGCCCUGCCGUACUUCUUCUUCCCACGGGAGAUGCCAAAGGAGGUGGUGACAGGGAAGAACAGAGACAGCAAGAGGAGGGAGGACAUGCUCAGCCAGCUCAGGUGCCAGCACUCGGAGAGCCUCUCCCUGAUGGAGUUCAUCAGACGCUUCCCUGCGGUGCUGCUGAGGAACCUGAGGCACCCCGUGUACCUGCUGGUGGUGCUGGCUCAGGUCAACAUCUCUGCCAUGGUUGCUGGGUUAGCAACGUUCAUGGGCAAGUUCCUGGAGAGACAGUUCUCCCUCACAGCAUCCCUGGCCAACAUGAUCAUUGGUGCUGUGAACAUCCCUGGGGCCAUGGUGGGGAUUGUGGUGGGCGGUGCCAUCCUGAAGCGGUUCCAGAUGUCUCUGAGGCAGUGCAGUGCCCUGUGUGUCCUGGGCAUGCUGCUCUGCCUGCUCACCGCCUUCCCCCUGCUCUUCCUGGGCUGCCCCACGCAGAAGGUGGCAGGUGUCACCCACUGGCACAGCUCUGGCUCUGGACACCACGACAUGGAGUGCAACGUGCAGUGCCGCUGCCCCGAGAGGGGCUUCAACCCCAUCUGCGGCUCCGACGGUGUGGAAUACACCUCGCCCUGCUCUGCUGGCUGCAGCCACCUGGCUGCCCUCACAGACAGCUCUGUCCUGAACUACACCGAGUGCAGCUGCAUCGCGGGGCCAGGGGGGUUCGCCAGGCUGGGCACCUGCGGCACUGCCUGCUCCCACCUCUUCAUCCCCUUCGUGGUCCUGUCCUGCCUGGCAGGGAUCCUCGCCAGCACAUCCCACACGCCGUCCUUCAUGCUCAUCCUGAGGAGCAUCCAGCCUGAAGACAAAUCGUUCGCUGUUGGGAUACAGUUCAUGCUGCUGAGAGUUUUAGCGUGGAUGCCGGGCCCGGUGCUGUACGGCAGCGCCAUCGACACCAGCUGCGUGCUGUGGGAGAGGAGGUGUGAGCGCACGGCUGCCUGCCGCUACUACGACAAUACGCUCUUCAGGCAGAGGUAUCUGGGGCUACAGUUUUUCUUCGAGGUGGGCGCCUUCCUGUGCUUCGGGGCUGUGUAUCUGAUUCUCAGCAAGCAGGAGAGGGAAGCCAGCCAGGCAGAGGAGGCAAAGGCAGAGCCAGAGAAGGAGAAACUGUCCGGAAACUCCAGGAAGAGCCCGGAGUCCAAAGUGUGAAUCCAAAAAGGUGAAUUGUGAUCCGUUCUGGGCAGGUAACACCCUGUGAAUCAGUGCACACCUGAGCUAUGCAGGAGUGAUGGACCCUGGGGCUGCUUCCUGAUCUCCCAGGUGGGAUGAACUCUUCCUGCAGUGCUGUGGCUCCAUCCGUAUGUUGUUCUCCACCUCAGGGGUGCAGCUUGUUCCUUCACAUGGAUUAGUCCACACGCUUUAACCCGUGGGCUCUGCAGCCUGCUGGAUUUGUGUCCUUCAAAGCAGUUUUUCCUGCUGACCGUCUCGGUGAUGCCAGCACCGUGCAUUAACCAUAAGCCUGAGGGGUUUUGUGGUGUGUUCUUUUUUAAAUAAAUCAUUUUUAAGAAAUGGUUUUGUACUGAACCCAAAGGAUUUCUGUGACUGAUAAUUAUAAUUCU